AUGAAGAAAUUUUUUCUCGUGCUUUCUAGAGACAAUUCAACUUCUUCGACUAAUCUAGAAGCAUUGAAAACUCAACAUUCAAGUGAGAGAAUUAAAGUUGUUAAUUAUGAAUUGUUAGAAAUAGAUCUAGAAAUUAGGCUUCCAAUUUCAAGCUAUCAUCUUGACAUCCAAAAUGAGGUGAAGGAAGCUUGUUUAAGAAUAGGUCGUCAUCAAGCUCCUCACGAUUUUGUUUACACUUGUCCGGUUUAA